AUGGCAACCCCAUCUAGUACAGCCGACACUCCCAGCCUACCCAUUGCUAAAUACUACCAAGCCUUUCCCUAUGACGGUGCGACAUUUACUACUACUACCGAGAGACUCUCUGCACAGAACCGUUUCCUAGAUCGAUACAGUAACGUAAAGAUUGGGGGGCGUAUGCUAAGUGGCAUUGUAUCUGAAGUGGAUGAACUUACAGCACCCGGGAGAUCCCGUUUGACCCUUACUGAAGCCCAAGGCAGAGCCAGUGUCUCCAUACUUCUCACUGGUGACACUACAGACACCGGAGGGAACCCAAGACCUCAACGACUGGUCAUUCAGGGACCCGCUCUCACAGAUGCUGUUUCUGGAGAUGACCGAGAUGCCAUCCGGACUAUCCAGCUUCUCCAUGCCCUCAGCAAUGGGACAGGUAACACGUCAACUUCGCAAACUCUGACUGCAGAAAGCGCUGCGGCACUCAUCGCAGGUUGCGAUCGUGUGCCUCAAUUACACCCAUUGGUGAGAGGGGACAUCACCAAAGUGAAAAGUGCGAUUGACACUGCCAUGAAGAUUCAAGAGACAAGUGGAACUUUUAAACUGAGUCUCGACGAAACUCCGACGCUAAAAGCUCAACCAGCCUUUUCGAAAAUUAUGAGAAACAAGAAUUCACGAGAUAGGUUCAUGGGCACGAUGAAAUCUGCCAGUCGACCUGAUCAUUCCAUCAGCUCAUUGUAUGUCACAGAGUCGUUCCUCGGUAGAGAUUAUGGGAUCAUUUCUGAAGGAUUGCAGAAAUUGGAACGAUCACUUAUAGCUGAUUAUGUUUCCAAAGAUCCCGUUCCAAUGUGGGACGCCUUGUCUGAACAUAUGACUGACGAAGGUAAACAAUUCAUGAAGUAUCCUGCCCUUGAUAAGCGGUACUCAGAAAUGGAGGCCAACAUCACAGUCGCUUCCGCUGCAAGGGCCGAGGCUCUUUCCAAGACCAAAAUCGCAGAUAUGAUGUCACAGGAUCUCAUGGUCGAUAUUAACUCGUACCUCCCUUUGGAUAGGCUCAAGUAUUCCAAAAGCACAGAUAGGCAAUGGCCCAAACCCACAGAGUAUCUGACAGUAGAAGAUAAAGAUUAUGAAGCAUUCUUCGGUGCGUUGGCAUCGAUGAGGGUCGAACAAAACGUAGCUAGCUUGACCCCAGCGCAGAUGUCGCAGUGCAUGUCAAAUUUUCCUGUUUUGAGAAGUAAGAUCGAGACAAUCUUACAGGGACAAGGUCCGGCUGUACUGGCCAAGACUCGAGCACAAGGGGAUAACUCAGCCACUUGGGCUGAAGAUUAUGCGCAGAAGUCGUAUCUUGAUUAUGCCAGGGACGAACUCGAGGUUAGAGGGAAAGAGAUGGAAGGUUUGUAUGACGUCGACCCACUCGAAAUCUUCCCACCAAAGGUGGCAGAGGAGUACAAAUGGGCAAUCGGCCGAUAA